AUGGUUUAUGAAGAGGAUGUAAAUGUAAAAACAAGAAAGCCAAGACAAGUAUCCAUUACAAGAUCAAAUUGCAAGGCAUGCAUAAGAGCAAAAGUGAAUAAAGAAGGACAGUUUGAGGUGGUGGCUCAUGUUAUUCAGCAUAACCACGAGCUACCAAAGCCACAGUGGCAUUAUUUGCAUCGUUCUGAAAGAAAAAUGACAGAGGAAAUAGUUGUAACAAUCAAAACAAUGAAAUCUUCAGGUCUAACUACAAUGGACACUUACAAUUACAUGGCUACAAAGGCUGGAGGAGAACAGAAUAUAGGCCAUAGUGUUGUAGAUCACCUGAAUUUCUGCUCAAGGUUAACAAUGGAACAAAUUGAGGCUGGAGAUGCUCAAACUUUAGUGAACAUUUUAAGUCAGGAACAAUCAGAGGAUCCAAACUUCUUUUUUAGAGUGAAGUUUGACAAAGAAGGAAGAAUUUGCAAUAUCUUUUGGAGAGAUUCAAUGAUGCUAGAAGACUAUAGGAUAUAUGGAGAAGUUCUUGUCUUUGAUACAACAUACAUAACCAACAGAUAUAAUCUUAUAUGUGCUCCAUUUGUUGGCAUAAAUAACCACUGGCAUAAUUGUAUGUUUUCUUGUGCUUUUAUUGGGGAUGAAACGACAGAUUCAUUUGUGUGGUUACUACAAACCUUCUUCAAAGCUAUGGAGGAUAGAAAACCAACUUCAAUAUUCACUGACCAGGACCAAGCAAUGGCAAAUGCUAUACUGGAGGUGAUUCCUAAUACAAGACAUAGACUUUGUAUAUGGCAUUUGGAGCAAAAUGCCAUAACCAGAUGUGGAGCUCUUAAAAAAGACAAAGAAUUCAAAUUUGCAUUCAACCAGUGCUUAAAGAUGUGUGUGACAGAACAAGAAUUCGAAGCAAAGUGGCAAGCAAUGUUGCAAAAAUAUGAGUUGACAGAACACUCUUGGUACAAAAGAGUGUAUGAGUUAAAAGACAAAUGGUGUCCUCCCCUUUGUAGAGAUUUCUUUUCAGCAGGGAUCUUAUUGUCACAAAGGAGUGAAAGCACUAAUCAUGCCAUAGGAUUCAGAGCAAGUAAAGCAACUACUUUGACAGAAUUUUAUACCAUAUUUAAGAAGACAACUAAUCGUUGGAGAAGCACAGAGAAAUAUGAUGAGUUUACCUAUAGCAAGUCAAUAACAUUCACUUCAUUGCCUCUAUCUGGAAUGCUAAAGCAUGCCGCACAGGUUUUCACUUUAUCACUCUUUAGAAAUUUUGAAGAGGAGUUUGGAUACUCUAUGGCAACAACUGUUCAAAUGUUAGGCAAUAAUGAAGAAUGCCUACUUUAUCAAGUAACACUAGAAGACAAGCCAUGGUCUGCACAUCAAGUAAACUAUAUACAAGAGAGCCAAACUGUAUGGUGUACUUGCAAAAACUUUGAAGCAUCUGGAUGGUUAUGUUAUCAUUGCAUCAGAAUUCUACAUUUGCAUUCAGUAACAAGAAUACCAGACAAGUAUGUUUCAAAAACAUGGACUAAGUUUGCAAAAACAGAGGCAUGGGAUAGGUUGAAGAAUCAGGAUCCUAAAUAG